AUGGAUUGGACACCUACAGAAGAAGGUCUUUCACAACUAUUACAGCUUAUUAAAGAAUCUGUCUCACCCAAUAAUGAAGUUCAUUCAAUGAUACAACAAUUUAUGAGUUUUUUCUUUACUGGGUGUAGUGGCGGUGGUAGUAGCAAUACCACCACCAAUACUAAUCAAUUUUCUACAAUAUCUCGAAAGUCCCAACCAGAACAACAUAUUCGUUAA